AUGUAUGAGAAAUUUGAACAGGGAAAACUUUUACAAGUUAGUUUGCUUGUAAACUUAGAAACAACUCUUCAAGCUUUUCAAGAAAAAAUAAACGAUAUCUAUAUCGAAUAUGCAAACCAGUAUAACAUUGACGAAGGAGAGUACCAUCUCGAUAUUAUUUAUGACAGAAAAAAUGCAACUGUUAAAAUCAAUAGAAUAGAAGACCUUGGAGAAAACGUUUAUAUUUCUACAAAAUAUAACAACUUGGCAUGGUAUAGAUUUAUGAGGAUGUUAAAUCAGCCUGCAGCAUAUCCAGUACACCCAGACUUUUAUGAAGUCGAAAACCCUAAUGGAACAUAUGAAAAUGUUUUCGACCAAGAUGCUAUUAUUGUUCAUGCUUCAUUUUCUGGCGCCCAAAACUCUUUCUUAUGCUUGGCAAAUGACUUUUACGAAAAACCUACAAAGUUAUACGAACCACCAAGUGGAAGUAUUUCAGACUUUCAAGUAUGGUUUACUACAGAUGGAAGAAAAAGAAUAAUUCCAUUAUACCAUGCGUUUUACUUAGAACUUAGUUUCAUAUACAACUACUAUCGAACGGUAAAAAUAUAA